AUGCCCGCCGCAAAAACACUCUCUCCUCCCCAAAACAUCACCCCUAAAACCACCAUUUCGACCGGACCUCUGCCCACGCGACUCCCCUUCCACCUCUCUCGCUGCUCAGGUUUCUGCGACUUUGACAAGUAUCUUCCAUCUCGCUUUCGCAAACUAGAUCAAGGUCGCCGCCGCUCAUUCUUCACGAUGUCGAUCGUAUCGCUUCUGGGUGUUCAGGUCCUGAACAACCCCGCCAAGUUCACGGACAAGUACGAGUUCGAGAUCACCUUCGAGUGCCUCGAGGCCCUAGAGAAGGACCUUGAGUGGAAGUUGACCUAUGUUGGCUCGGCUACUAGCGACCAGUAUGACCAGGAGCUCGACAGCCUUUUCGUCGGACCCGUCCCCGUCGGUGUCAACAAGUUCGUCUUCGAGGCCGAUGCGCCCAACACGUCCCGAAUCCCCGACGCCGAUAUCCUCGGUGUCACUGUCAUCCUUCUGACGUGCGCCUACGAUGGUCGCGAGUUCGUCCGCGUCGGCUACUACGUCAACAACGAAUAUGACUCCGAGGAGCUCAACGCAGAGCCUCCUGCCAAGCCCAUCAUCGAGCGCGUCAAGCGCAACGUUCUUGCCGAGAAGCCGCGCGUGACUCGUUUCGCCAUCAAGUGGGACAAUGAGGCCUCUGCGCCCGCCGAGUUCCCCCCUGAGCAGCCUGAGGCCGACCUUGUUGCCGAUGAGGAGGAGUACGGCGCCGAUGAGCGCGAUGAAGAGGAUGAACCAGAGGCCUCUAUCGUCGGUGCCAAUGGCGAAAAACCCGCUGGUGAAGAUGCUGAAAUGGCUGGUGUCGAGAACGGCGAGGGUGACGUUGCCCCGGCCGAGGAGGAUGAGAUGUCGGACGACGGCAGCGUGGACAUUGAGGGCGAGAGCGAGGACGAGCUGGAGGAAGAGGCCGAGGGCGAGGGCGAGGGUGCCGAUGACGAUGCGAUGGACGUGGACUCCUCCUCGGCCAACAAGCCUGCCGCUACGAUUAGCAAGGCCGCGGAGGUCAUUAUCCGCUAA